UGUGUAUCAGAUAAACUUGUCUUGUUUUCUUCGCAUGGAGCUUCUGUGUCACACGUGAAGUGCGUCCAAAUAUGGUUAUUUGCCUGUACGGUAGCAUGAACCUUCCGUCAGCGUUGUAUUUAUCCACCGGUGGAUGAACAGGAUCCUCCUAAAAUGUCAUAGUUUCAACUACUGAGGCUUUGAGAUGCUGUCCCGUCUGAAGUCACGUCACUGCUGGCAGACGUUCAAACAAGCUGGCCUUGAGGUAAGAUGGUGCUCUGCUUCAGUGAAGACCAAAUCCAAUCAGGGCUCAGACCAGACCUACCUGAACCCUCUCAACAUCCAGAUGCUCUCCAGGAACCUGCAAGAGCAGAUAUUCCGGGGCCAAACUCAGGAGUACACAGAGGAAGACAUUGAAUGCAGUAUAAGACACUUGGAGCAACACAAACUAUGGGGGAAAGAGGCGGCCCUGUUACCUGAUGUGGAACUGAAAUUACCCCACAUGUAUGGCAAUGACAUUGAUGGACACUUCCGCAUUCUCGCCCAGAAGCAAAGCCUUCCUUACCUGGAGGCGGCCAGCCAGCUUCAGGGAGCACAACUUCCCAGGAUGCCCAAGGAAUGGGCUUGGGAAGUGGGCUGGACACGGUAUGGAGCAGAUGGAGAGAGAUGCAGGGUGGAUUUCCCGGAUGAGAAUGCUAUUGUGUUUGAUGUGGAGGUCUGCAUGGCGGAAGGACAAUGUCCUACGCUGGCUGUGGCGGUUUCCCCGACUGCCUGGUAUGCAUGGUGCAGUAAGAGGUUGAUAGAGGACAGGUACACCUGGUCCAGUGACCUGACACUUGCCGAUCUCAUCCCACUUGAGACCCCCUCAAACUCUACCAAACCGCCAGGUAACCAAUGGCAGGAGAGGCUUGUGGUUGGACACAAUGUGAGCUUUGAUCGGGCACACAUUAAAGAGCAGUAUUUAUUGAAGGGAACCAAGAUGCGUUUUCUAGACACGAUGAGUCUCCACAUGGCUAUUUCAGGACUGACCGGAUUCCAGCGCUCGCUCUGGAUGGCUAGCAAGUACGGCAAGAGAAGAGGCCUACAUGAGGUCAAGGAGCACAUGAAACGCCUCGGACGGCGCUCUGAGGGACCAGUGAUCGGCUCGUGGGAAUGGGUUGAUAUCAGUAGUAUUAAUAAUCUUGCUGAUGUUCACGCCCUGUACGUGGGAGGAGAACCACUCAAGAAAGAGGCAAGAGACGUGUUUGUAAAGGGCACCAUGUCUGACGUCAGGACCAACUUCCAGGAGCUGAUGCAGUAUUGUGCUCUUGAUGUUCUGGCCACACAUGAGGUCUUCACACAGCAGCUGCCUCUUUUUAUGGAGAGGUGUCCUCACCCAGUGACACUUGCUGGUAUGCUGGAAAUGGGCAUGUGCUACCUUCCUGUCAAUCAGAACUGGGGGCGGUACUUGGAAGAUUCACAGGACACAUAUGAGGAGCUGCAGAGAGAGAUGAAGAAAUCGUUGAUGAUUCUGGCUGAUGAUGCCUGUCAGUUAUUGCAGGAUGAUCGGUACAAAGAGGAUCCCUGGCUCUGGGAUUUGGAGUGGGACGUUCAAGAUUUCAAACAGAAGAAAAUGCCUGUAAGCAAGAAGAAAGCCAAACAAGAGGCAGAAGCAGCAGCAGCAGCAGCAGCAAAUACAAAUGUACACCAAGACUGGGACAUAGAUCCUGGUCCUCCUUUAGAAGAGGAGGAGGAUGGUCCAGACCCCAGCAGAGAACUAGUGCAGCGACUAAAGGACACUGUUAGCUGCCUGCCAAAGAGGAGACAACACUUACCUGCCCACCCCAGCUGGUACCGUAAACUGUGUGUGAAGAUGUCUGAGGCAGAGGACUGGUCUCCAGGAGCUAGCCUCAUCAGUCUACAAAUGAGGGUCACGCCCAAGCUGAUGGGCCUCACGUGGGACGGCUUUCCCCUGCAUUACACAGACCAGCACGGGUGGGGUUAUCUUGUGCCAGGCCGCAGAGAUAACCUAGAGAUAUCAGAAGACACAGAGGGACCUGUAUGCCCCUACAGGGUGAUUGAGAGCAUCUAUAAGGAGUACUGUGAGCGAAAGGGGAAGGAACAGCCUCCGUGUCUGGACAGCCAGCCUUCUGAUCACAUCAUGUUGACUGACAGUGCAGUAUGGCAAACAGUUGAAGAAGUGAGUCGUCUGGAGGUGUUUGAUGAUGACAUACUGAGUGCAUCAGUCUCAUCCAAGAGGACCAAGCUAGUUCAAAACGGGAACCGUGACUGUCCUUAUCACCAUGGAAAUGGACCAUACAAUGAUGUCAGCAUCCCUGGGUGUUGGUUCUUCAAACUGCCUCAUAAGGAUGGAAAUGAGAACAACGUUGGAAGCCCGUUUUCCAAAGACUUCCUGAGUAAAAUGGAGGAUGGUACACUUCAGGCCGGACGGGGUGGCACAAAUGCCACACGGGCACUGGAAAUCAACAAGAUGAUCUCAUUCUGGAGGAAUGCACAAAAACGCAUCAGUUCUCAAAUGGUAGUAUGGAUUCGGAGAGAAGAACUGCCACGUGCUGUUAUUAGACAUGAUGACUAUGAUGAGGAAGGACAGUAUGGAGCCAUUUUACCUCAAGUCAUCACAGCUGGGACGGUCACUCGUCGAGCUGUAGAGCCGACAUGGCUGACUGCAAGUAACGCUAGAAGAGAUCGUGUAGGCAGUGAACUGAAGGCUAUGGUACAGGUGCCUCCUGGUUAUAACCUGGUGGGAGCAGAUGUGGACUCUCAAGAGCUGUGGAUCGCUGCUGUGCUGGGCGAAGCUCACUUUGCUGGGAUUCAUGGCUGCACAGCGUUUGGUUGGAUGACACCAGGAAAGAAGAGUCAGGGCACAGACCUGCACAGCCGUACAGCAGACGCAGUGGGCAUCAGCCGCGAGCAUGCCAAAGUGUUCAACUAUGGACGGAUUUAUGGAGCCGGCCAGCCAUUUGCCGAGCGACUGCUCUUGCAGUUCAACCACCGACUGAGCCAACAGGAAGCAGCUAGUAAAGCGCGACAGAUGUACGCACUUACCAAAGGCCUGCGCAGGUACCACCUGUCUGAGGAUGGUGAAUGGUUGGUGAACGAGUUGGAUAUGGAGGUGGAGAGAGAUGAAGACGGCACAAUCUCACUGCAGGAGUUACGCAAGAUCUCAAAACUGGCAGCUCAAAGUUCCCGCAGGAAAAGGAAGUGGAAUCUUACAGGUCAGCGCGUGUGGGCGGGUGGUACUGAAUCAGAGAUGUUCAAUAAGCUGGAGAGAAUCGCUCACUCUGAGGAACCAGCAACUCCAGUGCUGGGCUGCAGGAUAUCCAGAGCUCUGGAACCUUCUGCCGUUAAGGAUGAGUUCAUAACCAGCAGGAUAAACUGGGUGGUGCAGAGUUCAGCGGUGGACUAUCUUCACCUAAUGCUGGUGGCCAUGCGGUGGCUAUUUGAGGAACAUGAUAUAGAUGGGCGCUUCUGUAUCAGUAUUCACGAUGAGGUGCGUUACCUGGUGCGGAGCGAGGAUCGCUACAGAGCUGCUUUGGCCCUACAGAUCACAAACCUGCUUACGAGGUGUAUGUUUGCCUAUAAACUGGGAAUGAAGGAUCUGCCGCAGUCAGUGGCUUUCUUCAGUGCUGUAGACAUUGAUCAGUGCUUACGGAAGGAGGUGACGAUGGACUGCAUGACUCCAUCAAAUCCCACAGGAGUGGAACGGAGAUAUGGAAUACCACAAGGUGAGGCCUUGGACAUUUACCAGAUUCUGGAGAUCACCAAAGGAUCUUUGGCCAAAGGAAAAUAACAAGAUCCAAUAAUAUCUGUGAUAUAAAACAAAGGAUAACACUAUGGGUUCCUUGUGUGAAUUUGGAAAAGAUGAAUGAACGUGGUGAAAACAUACUUUUCACUGCUUCCUCUUUUUCCUGGGUGCCUGAUUUUCCUCUGAAAGUUGAGAGUUUUAAGUCUAAAUUGUGAAUGUACAACAUAUCAAUUAGGAAAACCAAGCUAACAGCUGUCUCACAGAUCUGACAGUUUAAACAGACACCUGCUGGCUGUUGUUUGUGUUCAUGCAGUGCAGCUUCCAGAGUUGCUGCAUUGCUUCUGAAGACUCUUGAAAUGCUCAGUUUCAUGUACUGCAGCAGAUUGACCUGCAGAGGGCACCACGUGUAUUUUAUAUAUAAUAUUCAUGGAUGUGCCUCCCUGUUUGCUGCUGCUGCAUAUGCAGGGAAUAUAGCCAGGGUUUACCAACUCAAAAAACAAAAAUAAACAAAAAAAAUCCCCUACAUGGACUUAACCAUUGAUUUCUUGGGGAGAAGAAUGAGAAACCUUUCAUAUUGCUCAGUGUUGAAAAUGAGGUUGGGGAUGGCUUUAGCCUUUCUGAGAACAUUAGCAUUGGAAAAUAAAAAUACAUUAUUUUGAGUGGGUUUCACACUUUGAGCUGUUGCAAAAACAUUGUCAAUAAAACAUUACUCUUGAAACAUUCUUAAUUGCAUUUCAAGACAAAGCAUUAUUACAAGUGAAAAUUGUUCUAACUGAUGCAGUUGUGACAGCAUCAUCUUUUUUUCGUCUUUUCUGGGCCUCCUGCCGUCAGUUCUCCACUUUGUAAAAGAAGACCAUUUAACACUGCAUUAGCCUCGGUGCUAGAAGUUUGAAAAUGGCAUACAGUGCAUAGACAGUAAACACAUAACUGUACAUAUGUGAUGAAACUGUAACACUGAGGAAUCAAGUGAGACCUGGACAGCUUUACUUGGUUAAAAACACGAGAUGUUUACAAAAGGUCAUUUAAAUAGAAGUAACAUUUCAGGCAGGGAAGAAAUUUGGUGCAAGUUGAUCAAACCCUAAACCUGAAGUUUUCAUCAAUUACUUUUGAAUCUUGACCCUUGAAGCUAGUGUUAGUGUGAUCAAUGCAUAAGAAUUCAGAUUGAGGAUCUAUACGGAUACUAUAUAUCAUUAUAUACAAAAUUUUAAGGCUUAUUGUCCACUCAGACUGAAGCUGAAAAUCAUGUUUAUUUUUAACUGUUUAUAAUCUUCAUAUGAAAUAUCUCUGCCAGUAGGGCUGGGUAUUGAUAGUUUUCCCAAUUUGAUUACGAUUCGAUAUUCAUUCAUUUGGGUAUAUUUAAAAAAUAUAUUUUUAUAUUUUUAAGGUGGAUUUAUGUCAGGAAAAGUUUUUGGAAUUCAAAAGAUUUAAUCGUUUAUAUAUUUUAGAGUACAUAUAUCCCUAAUAACAUAAAAAAAUAUUUAAAAAACACUGAAAUUAAAAGCGGCCCAAUAGGACCUUCUUUAUUAUUUCCCCCUUUGCGACAACAGGAUGAUACCGGUCCUUUUUUUUACUAUAAAUCUCCAUUUUCACUUUCUUCUCUUUUUUUGUUUUGGCAAUUCACAUUCUUUGUGCAUAUCACAACAUACUGGGUAGGGAGGAGAAUUUAUAGUUAAAAAGGACUUAAAUAUUGAUCUGAUUCUCACUCACACCUAACGUAUUGCAUCCGAAGAAAUGGAUUUAAACACUGGAGUCAUAUGGAUUACUUUUAUGCUUGCUUUAUUUGCUUUUUGGACCUUCAAAGAUUUGGCCACCAUUCACUUGCAUUGUAUGGAUCUGCAGAGCUGAGAUAUUCUUCUAAAAAUCUUUGUGUUCAGCAGAAGAAAGUCACACAUCUGGGAUGGCAUGAGGGUGAAUAAAUGAGAGAACAUUCAUUUUUAGGUGGUGAACUAUCCCUUUAAAAGAGAAGCCGCAUAAAACCGAGCAUUUCAGAGGGUGGAAAUUAUCAUUUUUAAUAAAUAUAUGAAUUUAUGUGUGUGUGUGUGUGUAAAAACUUUACUAAUAUUAUAAGUGAACCUCAAGGAGCAUAUUCAAAUAAACAAAAUAGGCCUGCCAUAACCCAUUUUUAUAACUCCAGUACUUUUAAAUAAAAAAAUC